UGGUGAACACUAGUGAACAUGAGUGAUGCUGACAAAUGUGACAAGUGUGCUGAAGUGUACUAUUAGAAUAUUAACGUCAAUUUUCUUGAUGAGUGUCAAAUUGCAAAAUACAUAGAGUGAAAGUGAUCGCGUGCUUCAAUAACAGUAACGUACAGAAUGCAAGCGUCGCGUUUUUAUUAUCAUCUUAUUUGGAGUAUUUGGUGUUUCUGGUUACAAGACGCUGUCCGGGCUGCUGGCUCCUACUUUGGGGGGUAUUUUCAAGUUACUGCUGGAGAUUAUAUUAAAUUGUCACACGACGGACCAGUUGUGCUAGGUGGGACAAUCACUUUUAGAGCAGAUUUGUACAGCGAGGACGGCGGACGGCCAAAAGGAACUUUCAGAUAUAAAUGGAGUGAUAAUUCAUUAACAAGACAUCAAUAUCAGAGCAAAGAUACAUCAAAUACAACAACAUUUUGGAGCAUAAAUUUUCCACGGAAAAAUAAUAUUCCUGGAAAUUAUACAGUGGAAUUGAAGGUUGAUUAUUUUAGCUUGUCAAUUAUUUGGAUAUUUGAUGCGAGUGCUCGUAUUGAGUUUGAGAUUUCUGAAUGUCUUAAUGGUAAUGUAACAAUAAAACAGGCUAAUAAAACUAUAGUGGAAGAAUAUGUCUCUUCUACAAAUGAGACAAAACUAAUGAUAGACUUGCGUAAGGGAGAUUAUGACUUUAUAACACAAACAGCGACAGCGAUAUUGACAUAUUGGUUUAUAGACUGCAAGUAUUACGGCCAGACAAAUGAUUUCACUUUUCUUUACAAUUUUACAACUCCUGGUGUAACGCAUGAAAUAGGAGUCUUAGUGAUCGCCUCAUAUGAUCCACCAAUGACUACAACAACAUCGACGACGACGACGACGACGACGACGACGACAACAACAACAACAACAACAACAACAACAACAACAACAACAACAGUUGCACCUGCUAACAUAACAGUCAUGCCAAAUGCUACGACAACAUCGAAUGGGACGAUUGUAAUAUCACCAAUAAUUAUUACAAUGGCAAAACCGAUACAGCUAUCUACGACAUCUGCAGUUCCGACUAAUAUGAGCUCGAUAGAUACUGCCAACAUAUUAUUACCAUAUAUUUGCUCAAACACAUCUUUUAUUCCUCCGAAUCCUAACAAGACUUAUGGAUACUUUCAUAAAAAGAUCUAUGUUCGUGCUCCCGUAUCAAAUAUCUCAGUGGAAGGUACAAAUUGGAUCCAGCCAUGGGACAUGUUGUCUUUGAAUGUUACCUGCAAAGGAUCGGGCCCAUUUUCCAAGUGUCUUCAAUUUCACCGUGGAAAGUAUAACGUAACCGGAAAUGAGACGUGUAAUAAUGAGGAACAAUUGCGUUUUUGUAAUUUUUCUAUUGUCCAUUAUUUCCUCGAACCCAGUGUCUACACAAUAUUAAUUAUACUUAACAAUGAAGUUAAUACGCAGAUUUAUCCACUAACAAUAAACAUUUAUAAAGUUACUACAAAGCCACAGUUAUCCAUAAUCAUUGUGCCAGUCUCUUGUUCAGUUGUUGCUGUAGUGCUGAUAGUAUUUGGCGUGGCUUAUUACAUCCAAAGUAGAGCGAGAUUUACAAUAGAAGUCGCGGACUUCGAUUUUGGACAAAGUAAUCCGGACAUGGAGUACAAAACGUUCACGGAACGUUUACGUGAUUCCUUUAAUAACACUGGAUAUAAACCACUCAGCAAUCCACAAAUACUUCAGUGAUGCGAAGUGAACGAAAGAAGUAACGCUUUGAAAACGAUGCUAAACUACAAUAAAAACUUCUGCAAGGAGCGGAAACAAAUGAAUAUGCGUUAAACAAAAAUAUUCAUUAACAAGUUUAACAACUAACAAGGAGAUAAUAUAAAGCGAUGGAUAUCGGAUAAUUUUGUUUAAUAAUAAAAAGUUACAAAAAAUGAAAAAAGACAAUGCUGCACGAUAAUUUCCAACUAACCAACGAUCAAGUUGAGAUCAUAUUGUACAUAAAUAUGAGGAAGUUAUGAUGUAUCUAUAGGCUGUGAAUAUAGUACGCAAUAGUGUGCAUUAGAUAGAAAUGUUCAAAAAAACGUGAUGCACAAGAAAAUUUGAUAUUAUUUUAAAGUCUUAACGGAUGUUAUCUUAACUUACAUCCAUUUUUUAUAAUUUGCGUUAUUUUUUUAAUUGUCUAGCGAUUGUAGCGAUGAAAUGCACUAAUUCGCUUGAUCAUUCUGAUUUAUCGAUUCUAUUUAAAAUAUAUUAGACCUAAUAUUAAACAUAAGUCAAACUGUUACUAUGAGUCAACGAAUUAAUGCAUUUUACUAUACAUUUCUCACAUAUAUGGGAUACAGUGAUGAAUAAGAAAAACACAAUAUUACACUUUAUUAUAUAACUUAUAUUAACCCUUCGAGGUCACACUUCUUUUUUCUAACGUCGAGGUCACAUUUCUUUUUUCUAACGUCGAGGUCACACUGGGUGAUUACCACCCAUCGUCAUUUUUAAAGUGCUGCAUUUAUGAAAUUAUCAAAGAUAUGGUAACAAAAAAAUUUAUGGAUAGACUUGAAUGUUUGGAAAAUGUAUUCUGAUAUUAUUUAAGCAAAAAUCUAAAACCGUUAGUAUCUAAAAAAAUUUUUGAAUUUUCCAAUAUUAGAAAAAAGAGUUUUUACAAAAUAAAUCAUAACUUUUUUAAUUUUCAAUAUUUUUAGCUAAAAAUUUAGACUUUUAUUGUUCAAGUCUUGUACUUCGAGGAAAAAAAUAUGUCUUUGACCAUUUUUUCAAAAAGAGUAUUUUGCAUACUGAACAUGGAGUAUUUUAGUAUACUGAAAAACAGGUAUUUUCAUAGAAAAGUCAUGUUACGAUAGUAUUUACUUGAGCGUCACUUUUUUGUAUGCCACGUAAAAUCAUUUUUUCCUCGCAAAAUAGAUUGCGGUCUACCGCAAUGUUAGAAUGCGUUAAUCUAACGUUACAUUUUCAAGAUCACUGUCCAUUUCGUCCACAGAUUGCUCUGAAUCGCUUGAAUAUGAUUCUUUGAAUAUGAUUUUCCUCGACAUCCGAAUUAACGUUGAAAUCAUUACGUCCAUCAUUUUGUAAAAUAUCUUAUAUGGUCUCUGCCGUAAAUUAUAGACUAUUAUGCUGCAUAUUUUCGAAGAAUAAAUUAACAUAAAGAUUUUUUAAAAAUUCUAGGCAUAAGAAUCUGUAUUAUAUCAUACUUUUACACUUUUUAGACCACAAAAAACACAAAAAUUCGAACCACUAAAAAAUGCAAAAAACUUACACGGAGGUCACACAUGGGGUGGCUACCACCCUACCUUGUCUUUGGACGACUGCCAAAAACAAACCAACGCGACUUUCAGUUACAAUAUAGUACAAGAGCAUAGAUAAAACCUUGAAUUACCAUUAAAAGGCAUUACUAGUAUCAUUUUUUCUGAAAUCAGAAAGAUAUAAUGUGUUGAAUUUAAGCGAUAGGUGGUAACCAUCCAGUGACCUCGAAGGGUUAACUUGUAAUUUACACACGCGCGCGCGCGCGCGUACAUACACCUGCGCGCAUUUGUAUAGUAACCGCUAAGAAGCUUUAUUGAAAAGCAGAAUAAAAUUAUAUUUGUACCAAAAAAUUUUUAAAUAUGUAUUGUAUAAUUUCUUAAGUAGAUUUUUCAAAAAUGUUGAUCCGAGUAGAAUUGUUUUAGAUGAAAAUCGUAUAGUUGAAGCAUAUUAUAAAAUAUGAGAGAUAAGUUAGAGGAAUUAAUUCUGGAAAAGUAAUAAUUGCAGCACUGUGGCGUAAAAUUAAGUAUUUAUCUGUUAUAUCUUUAAUAAAGAAAAUUGUUAAUGCGUAAUAAUAUUAUAUUAUUGCUGUUUCUACAUUAUCGUCAUUUGGAUCAAUUGUUACCACGUCAUCAACGUGUCAGAUUUGUUGUAGUUAUAACAUUUAUUAAAAUUUUAUUAAAAUUGUAAUAUUAAUUGUAAUAUAUUUUCAUUAAAAUAGUUUUAAUUUUGAUAUAAAA